AUGCUACGAAGAAAAAGUAGCGUCGUUGCUCAGAACCAGAACCUGCCUCGAAAUCAAAAUCAUAAUCAAAGUCAUAACCAGAUUAACAAUGCUGAGCAAAACACCAAUAGUAGCAACAGUAGCCAGAUUUCUUCUACAAUUGCCUCUGAGCCAAGAUCAACUCCCUGGAGAAUCAAGGAUUUCCUCAAGCUCCCUUCAGCUCCUAAGGGUCUGAACUCAAAUACUGUCAGCACUUCUCCUACUAAGUCAAAUGUAGAGCAGUUGGUUGCUCCGACUACUUCAACUUCAAUCUCAAAUACAAGUGCUAAUUCAAAUUCUGCGGCCACCUCAGAUUCCAUUCCUACUUCUGUAAGCGGAUGUUAUUGCUGUGGAACUCUUCUCACAUACCCUACAAAAGCUUCUAAGUUCAGAUGUUCAGUCUGUAACACUACCAACAUUCUCGCUGUAGCUCCCGAAAAUUCUGCAGAAGGCAGCAAUGAAGCUGUUCACAUAAUUUCGUACGAUUACGUAAAAAAGCAAGUAGAGAAAUGCUUGAAAUACUUGAACCAGUCCCUGGAUAAGUCAAUUCACGAAGUGUUCGAACCAUUGUCUGAUUACCUAUACGAUGCAUUCAAAAACUAUCAUAUUUUAUCGAAGUCGUUCAAAACUCGUAGAUCUAGCCAAAAUCAGCAUUACCACACUUCCAAGAUCAACUAUGAAGAGAUCCACAAUACCUUCUUACUCUUACUGAAAUUGCCUACUAAAAGACCUUUGUACAAUGCCCUUAGAGGAGCUUCUCACUUGCUAAAGAGAGUCUAUGUAUUUCCAAAAGGCAACGAUGCCAGUUCCUAUGUCUGGGUAUUGAUUUUGAUGGAAAUUCCCUUCCUUUCAAGAUCGCUUCUAUCUCCUGGAGACGAUUCUAAAGCUAAGUCCAUGAUAGAUGUGCCUGAAAUUAAAGGAUUAUGCUAUGAUAUCUUGAAGCGUUGUAUAGGGAUUUUGGCUUGCAUAGAAUCCGUAGGUGCCAUCAACUAUAUAACCAGUUGGUACGCCAAUCUUCCCACUGCUGAAUUCGCCAAAAAGGUUGAUCUUCUCAAUCUCUAUAUCACCUUCCAUUUAAAGAAAUACUUCUAUAUUGCAAACAAUCCGCACUUGCUUAGAAGAACGUCUUCCACUGCUGCCUAUAAUGCCAGCACUAGCGGGUCUCGGACUGAAGAUAGCCAUCCCACGGAUCGUGAGUACUCUGAAAAUGUUCAUAUUAAAGAAGAAAUCGAUGCCAUGAACCAGGAAACCCCAAAUUUCACAAAUCAAUUGGCAUUACCCACUUCGUAUUUGGGCUCAUUUCCAGCUCGUAGAAAUUCUAAAAAGAAUCAGCUGCAAGAAGCAAAGAUCAAGAUAUACCAGUAUGGAAAUGAUUGGCAUAUUAAGACGGCUGCAAUCCUGUUGUCUUUCUAUCUAUGUGCAAAUACUUACAGAGUAGAAAAGGUUUCUAUAGCUUCGUUCUACAACUCUUUGGUAGACUUUGUCAAUAUCAAAUUGGACUUUGAUUCAUGGCAGACCAAUAAGAAAUCGAAAUUCAACUCCUCUUCAGGUGAGAAUGACUUGCAACAGGUUAUAGAUUAUAUUAAUGGAAGUACACGUGGCAGUACACUUCAUGAAAAUGCUUCAUACUACUUUUGUCAAUACCCAUUUUUGAUUACUUUGGGAGGUAAAAUCUCAAUUUUGGAGUACGAAGCUCGAAGGCAGAUGGAACGGAAAGCAGAAGAAGCCUUUAUCAACUCCUUGGACAAACGUGUUGCCCUUGAUAUUUACUUCAAGGUUAAAGUCAGAAGAGAAAACAUCGUGCAAGAUUCGAUUUCCGCUAUCAAGAACAACAGCAAUAACCUCAAGAAAAGUUUGCGAGUUCAGUUCGUAAAUGAACCUGGUGUGGAUGUAGGUGGGUUGAAAAAGGAAUGGUUCUUACUUUUGACCAGAGCAUUGUUCAAUCCACAGGCAGGGAUGGUUUACAAUAUUGAAGACUCCAACUACUUGUGGUUCAAUCUAGUGCCCAUAGAAAACUUUGAAAUGUACUAUUUGCUAGGUGCUGUAUUGGGUUUAGCCAUUUAUAAUUCCACUAUUUUAGAUCUUCACUUCCCAAUGGCACUCUACAAGAUUCUUCUCGAUAAGCCUGUUGGCUUGGAUGAUUACAAGCAGUUGUUUCCUGUGUCGUAUGGUAAUUUGAUGAAGCUCAAGAAAUACUCAACAGAAGAGCUAUUGGCAUUGGAUCUCACUUUUGAAGUUUCGUAUCAGGAUUUAUUUGGAAAGACGUAUUCGGCUGAAUUGAUCAAGGAUGGUAGGAAAAUAUUUGUCACUGCUGAGACUCGUAAAUCAUAUAUUGAGAAAUACACUCAGUUCUUUUUGCAAGAAGGAAUCAAGAAACAAAUAACAGCUUUUUCCAGUGGAUUCAAGAAUGUUAUUGGUGGCAAUGGACUUUCUCUUUUCCUCCCAGAAGAGAUUCAGUUGUUGCUAUGUGGAAGUGAAGAAGGUGGUAUAGAUGUUGACGUCUUGAAAUCAGUGACAAAAUACGUUGGUUGGAAAACGCCGGAUGAUGGUGCUGAUUCAACUGUAGUUCAAUGGUUCUGGGAGUACAUGUGCGAAAUUAACACCCAGGAACGGAAACGUCUACUCAUGUUUGUUACCGGCUCCGAUAGAGUUCCUGCAACAGGGAUUCAAAACCUAAGCUUCAAAAUCAGUAGCCAGGGUAAGGAUAGCAACAGACUUCCUGUUGCACAUACGUGUUUCAACGAGUUAGGCUUAUAUAAUUAUAGUUCUAAGGAAAAGUUGGUCGACAAACUUGUUACAGCGGUCAAUGAGAGCGCAGGGUUUGGGUUAAAAUAG